AUGAAGACCAAGCCAGGAACAAGUCAAAUGACAGGCUACGAAAAAGUCGCACACCUAAUGACUCAUCAUGCAGAAAUGGCGAUGUUCCAACGGUUUGAUUUUUUGAAUACCCUGAAUGCGUUGUACCUUCAGGCGGAGCUUGUGCAUCUUCAACGAAAGAUGAAGGGUUACCUAAGUAGCGGAUUUAGACCCGCAACGAGCACGGUGGCAUCCAACAACCAGAGCGGCAUUGCAUUAGGGAUUGAGCUGCACAGUGUGCAGCACGCUGAAGCUUGUAACAAUGCAAAUUCCGGAACAGAACAUGCUGUUGCAACUACAAUCAUAGCGCGAGAAGCAAGAAUGUCGGAGGAAGGACAAAUCCAGGAAAAAGACAUAGCAGAUGCAGUAGGGAGUGGGGGCCCAGCAGUCGAAGGCAUAGCCAAAGGCAUAGAAAGACCCGGGUCUCGCUUGGAAGCUGAGGCGAGGAGCGGAACGAGUUCAAUGAGCAGCAUAGGUCUUCCAGAUCCUGCAAGAGAUUGGUGGGACCUUGCCAACGCCGAAGAGGACACCGAGGAAGCUGAGGCAUGGAGAACAAUGCUCGAAACCCGAGCAAAACUAAAGGAAUACAACGAGACACUACUUCUCCAGAAGCAACUGCGAACCGGCGCGUCGCCAAAUUCAAGCGACCUCGCGUUCGUGCGUCGGUGGUUUAUAGAUGAGAAGAUGGGUGACGACCCCCUGAUUGGACAAGAUAGGGAGUUAUGGGAGACCUCCUCACGCUCUGAUCUUAUCACUCUCAAACCACGAAGAUCCGACGAUCCGCUUGCUGCCUUCUUUCUGAAGAGGGUCUUCAUUUGGUGGCACCAUUGCCUCGGCCACCGAGUAAAGAAGCCGGCAGAUGAAGAAGCGAACUAUUUUGAAUACAGAGACAAGAACGUGCUGAGAGUAGCCGAUUGUCUAAGUUCGAUCAUCUCGUCAAUGCUCCUCGUCGUUUCGAUACUGGUAUUGUAUUUUGUCAAUAGUAUGUUGGCAAGGCUAGGGAUUGUGGCGGCGUUCACAAUGCUGUUUUCGCUCACUUUGACAUUGGUGACGAACGCGAGGAAGGCGGAGGUCUUCGCCGGGACUGCGGCGUGA